AUGUCAACCAGCGUGGAGCAUUCAAGAAACCAGAAAGCUGUCCAACAACAUGACGAUUCUGAAGAAAUGCAAGAUGGCCCUCUGCCUGUCGAGCAACUUCAGGCAUCGGGUAUAGCCUCCACAGAUGUUAAAAAGCUUAAAGAUGCUGGUAUUUGCACGGUUGAAUCCGUUGCUUACACUCCUAGGAAAGACCUUUUACAAAUUAAAGGAAUCAGUGAAGCUAAAGUUGAUAAGAUAAUUGAAGCAGCCUCUAAGCUUGUGCCUAUGGGUUUUACUAGUGCUAGUGAACUCCAUGCCCAGCGUGAUGCAAUCAUUCAGAUAACUACAGGAUCAAAAGAGCUUGACAAGAUAUUGGAAGGUGGAAUUGAGUCAGGUUCUAUCACUGAGUUAUAUGGUGAAUUUCGAUCUGGGAAGACUCAGUUGUGUCACACCCUCUGUGUCACUUGCCAAUUGCCACUAGACCAAGGAGGUGCUGAGGGGAAAGCUAUGUACAUAGAUGCAGAGGGCACAUUUAGGCCUCAACGACUCUUACAGAUAGCAGAUAGGUUUGGAUUGGAUGGGCCUGAUGUAUUGGAAAAUGUUGCUUAUGCUAGAGCGUACAACACUGAUCAUCAAUCACGGCUUCUGCUGGAAGCAGCUUCAAUGAUGGUGGAAACAAGGUUUGCUGUAAUGAUAGUAGACAGUGCUACUGCCCUCUAUAGAACAGAUUUCUCUGGAAGGGGGGAACUUUCAGCCCGGCAAAUGCAUCUAGCAAAGUUUCUGAGGAGCCUUCAGAAAUUAGCAGAUGAGUUUGGUGUGGCUGUUGUAAUAACAAAUCAAGUAGUUUCACAAGUAGACGGUUCUGCAGUCUUUGCUGGACCUCAAAUCAAGCCUAUUGGAGGCAACAUUAUGGCUCAUGCUACAACAACAAGGCUAGCUCUCAGGAAAGGAAGAGGGGAAGAGCGAAUAUGUAAAGUGAUAAGUUCUCCUUGUUUGGCUGAAGCUGAAGCAAGAUUUCAGAUUUGUGCUGAAGGAGUUGCAGAUGUUAAAGACUGA